AAGGAGGAAUCCAUAAUUCAUAUUGCAGAUUCUCCAUCUCCCAUAGGUUUUAUCCCUAAUUCUCCAAUCGAUCAAUAUUUACACGUUUUUAUUCCUUUUGACAUCGAUCGGAGUAAUUGAAAUUGGAUCAUGGGUAGAAGAAAUUCUCAAAAAAAGAAUUUUGCAAUGCUGGAUUCCGAUGAUCUAGCUAGCUUGAGCUUGUCAUCACCUAUUAAGCGCUUCAACAAUGUCGAGUUCUCUGGUGUGGAAGAAGUGUUGGUUGAUAGAGCGCUUGAUCAAUACUUGGAUGCUUUGUACGAGAAGAGGGGUUCUACUAGAGAAAAUGCUUUGGCAUCAACUAUUGAAGCCUUCAACAAUAGCAUACAGCAUGAGUUCACCGAAGAGAAGUUUGCUACAUUGUUGCAUCAGUGCUUGAAUUCAAUCAAAAGGGGAUCUUCGAAGGAGGUUACCUUGGCAUCUCACGUGAUAGGGCUUCUAGCAGUGACUGUUGGUUCCGGGGAGAAAGCACGAGAGAUCUUGGAAGAAUCGGUCUCUCCAAUAUCAGAAUCUCUUAAAUCAACACUUGAAACAUCUAAAAUAUUAUCAUUGCUUGCAUGUUUGGCUGUUAUCACUUUUGUUGGUGGAGAAGAAGCUGAGGACACAGAGAAAUCAAUGCAAAUAAUGUGGCAAGUAGCUCACCCAAAAUUGGGUUCCAACGUCUCUGCUGCUAAACCUCCAGCAGCAGUGAUAAGUAUGGUGAUUACUGUGUGGUCAUUUCUUCUUACCACAAUAGAUGGAAGGGCUCUCAACCCGAGAAGCUGGCAGAAUUCAAUGUCCUUUCUUUCGACUCUACUGGACAAGGACGACAGGGCAGUUCGCAUUGCUGUUGGUCAAGCACUUGCUUUAAUCUUCGAGAUAGGGAGCCUACAAAAGUUCUGUGGGGAGUCGAAAGUCUCUGGUCAUACUUGUAUUGAAGGGAAUGAUUCUCGGAAAACAAUGUACAUAAAUGGAUUAAAGACUAAAGUCAUUAACCAAAUGCGAGACCUCUCUGUUGAGGCAGGUGGUAGGGGUUCCGUCAAGAAAGAUCUGAUUAACCAGAGGAACACAUUUCGUGAUAUUGUGGAUUUUCUCGAGAAUGGUCACACCCCAGAAACCUCGACAAAGAUUGGCCGAGAGUUAUUACUUACAAGUUCAUGGUCUCAAAUGAUACAGUUGAACUUCCUCAAGCAUUUUCUAGCUGGUGGAUUCGUGAAGCACAUGCACGAGAAUCCAUUUCUUCAUGAUGUAUUUGAUUUCACUCCGGAGAUAAAGCUUGCUCACCACAUGUCUGCAGUUGAAAAGAGGAUGUACAGGUCACCUAACUCGGCUCUCAACAAAGCUAGGACACAGUUCCUAAACAAGCAGCGAGUGAUAUCCAAGGACAAGCAUAGUGGCUACUAUGCGGUUGGUCUUGUUGAUGCUUGAAACGAUGCUUGAAACAAGAAGCUCGGAUAUUUGGGAUCGGAGCUUAUCACUGUGUAGUUGUCACACUUGCCUAAAAGAAAGUAGGUAGAAGUAGUAUUUGUGUAAGCUAUACGUACCCGACAAUGCAACAAAAGAAGAUUUGCAUCUUCAGAGGUGUUAGGACUGGCUUAUUAUACAUAUUAUUGAAGCAAUUUAAAUUGAUAAAUUAUAAAUGUGCAUUUACUAGUUGCAUUUUAAAUGAAAAAUGAAAUGAGCGACUCAAUUUAUGA